AUGUCCCUUGCCCCCUCGUUGCAGGAGCUGUUGGUCUCCGGACUGCAAUGGAUCUUCGUAGGCGGGAAGGGCGGCGUUGGGAAGACCACAACGUCCUGCGCUCUCGCCACUCUCUUCGCGUCCACGCCGGUGUACGAUGCCGCCACGCAGUCCGACCGCCCGCGACGUGUACUGCUGCUCUCCACAGACCCCGCACACAAUUUGAGUGAUGCAUUCGGACAGAGAUUCGGCAAGACGCCAACUCCCGUAAAGGGGAUGGAGGCUACACUUGCUGCAAUGGAGGUUGAUCCAACAAACUUUACACAUGGGGAACUCGCCGCCGUUUUUGGGUCUACAACAGGGGGUAGUUCAUCCUCACCCUUUGCAGCUCUUGGGAAUAUCCUAAAGGAAGCAGCGAGUACACUUCCAGGUAUAGAUGAACUAUCUGUCUUUGCAGAGAUCCUACGUGCUGUACAGCAACUAUCCUAUGAUGUGGUAAUCUUUGACACUGCACCAACUGGUCACACACUGCGUCUUCUUGCACUACCACAGACAUUAAAUUCCACAAUUGACAAGUUGUCCGCCGUGGAAGGUCUUCUUCCACUAAUUCAAACAGCGGGUAGCCUGUUCUCUUCUUCCUCCAAUACCAGCACCUCAUCAUCAUCAUCUUCAUCUGGAGACGCUGGAAAUAUUUCUUCCAUGGUACCUGCCUUUAACAGAUGGCGUGAGAGCGUACAGGAAGUUCAGCGGCAGUUUACUGAUGCUGAAAAAACUGCUUUUGUAUGUGUUUGUAUCCCGGAAUUUUUAAGUGUUUAUGAGACAGAACGUCUGGUACAGGAGCUAAUGAAGUAUGAUAUUAGUUGCGAUAGCAUUGUUGUGAAUCAGCUUGUACUGAAACCGUCUAGUGAACCCAAGUGUCGUAUGUGUGAGGCACGACAAAAGAUACAGGCGAAGUAUUUGGCACAAAUAGACGCCUUGUAUGAAGAUUUUCACGUGGUAAAAAUGCCGCUUUUGAGUGACGAAGUGCGUGGGGUCCCAGCACUGCAAAAAUUUGCCCAAUUCUUAUUGGAGCCUUAUAAUGCAGAUCGCCACGGAUACAUUGAAGUUUGCACAGAAUCAUGA